AUGAAUAAGCAAAAAUAUUAUAAUGAUGAAUUAUCAUCCACACCCAAGACCUUCUAUCGCAGUAUAACCACAGUCAGAAAUUUCACUCCUAUAAGGCUAUCUUCUUUAAAGGCAGAACGUGCAUUCUACCAUAUAAGAAAAGAAAAAUCAAAAAAACAAAAGAUUGACAGUCCCACUAAAAGUAUUUCUCCUUGGCAUCUCUAUGAGAUAAACUCAAAUUCUCAUUCACCAAAAAUUUAUCACAGGCACACUGUUUCUGAUAUUCCUAUAAAAGAAGAAAUUAAUGAUACCUGCAAAGACAUUAACGAGCUUACUUGUGUUUGCAAUGUUCCUAAUUUUUCAGCUAAGAGAAACAAUAUUUUUAAGUCUGCUGAUUUUGAUAACGAUGAGAUAGAUGCUAUGCGUGAACUAACAGCUACACCAAUUAAGAGAUUCAUAUGCACAAGGCCGUCAAAGACAUUAAAUAUUUAA